UGUACGUUUCCUUGUAGUUCAACUUUAUCACUGCUGGUUGCUGCACGGGCAGGCGUCGUCGGAGUUACUGAUUUACACGCAUUGAAUUCUGUCUGGUCUUUCCUCGCGUACCUAUUUCCUCGUAAUCCAGUAUCGAGUGUAAAACCUACGUCGGACUUUUUUUUUUUAAUUUCUUAUCGUUGGAAGUGUCGUUAAUGUUAAUAUUUUAGCUAACUGUGGUUUUUGAGUGCAGAAGUAAUGUUUCUCCCGGCUAAAGAGUAAGUAGCUAAGUGUUCUGUAAGCGAUUUGAACAGUGAAGCGCGUGUGCGCUCACGGGGUCACUUGAGCCCUUUUCCCACUCGCACACCGCUAUAAACAUUCCCGCGUGGUUAGCGGCCUGUCAGUGGGUUACUGUUUCUUUCAAGGAUAUCCAAAAGGAUAAUAGCCGUACAUAUAUAUAACGGAGACUUAUUUAUUUUUGGUUGGAAGAACUAAUUUAAUUAAAGACAAUUUUAAGCGUGAGAAAAGCAGACAAGUACUAAGAAAAUCGUCGAAGAACAAAACCGUUUGUUGACUAAAGCAGGGCUAAAAUACUUGAAACUGUUGUCUAUUAAAUAGAAUGUUUAUCAGUUCGUUGACCAUAACAGCCGUCUUUUUGGCAUGCGUCUGUUUUUGCAUCGCCCGGGUCUCGGCAACAAGCACUACCACGUCAACAACGCCGUCAGGCGCCGAAACGCCAAUGUUGCAACGUGGCGGGAAUCAUCAUUAUCACUACCACGAUCAUCAACAGACAGAAGAGAGUAAAGAUGGUGUAAGUGGGAGUGCUGGUGGAGGACAUUCCAUAAAAAUCCACAACUUCAUCUCCACGGACGCUCUCUACGACGGCGAGCAGGAGCGUCGGGUUCACUAUAACGGCGUAACAGCCAAAGAGACGGCAGUCACGACUGUCGCAGCAGCCAACAAUACAAGGGAAUCUGUGAAAUUACGCCAAGUAACUGAUGGCUCACAUUUCAUUCAACUGAUCUAUGGAGCGGAUAAUGAAAUACGAGACUGUGAAUUCUUGCGCCAGAAGAAAAUAGUGCAAGAUUUCCUCGAGACUUUCCGGAAGGAUAUCGAACGUGCGAAAGUAUCGAUUAACCGUGAAAAUGAUUAUAGUGAGAUCGAAAAUGAAACGGAGGAAGACAUUUACUCAUUUAAUAAUGUGACAUUCCAAAUCUUGGACAAUGGUGUUCCAUUGCCGACAGACCUCUCGGAGUGGUUAGACUUCGAGGAUCUAAAGCAACGAUGCAGAGAAAACCACAGAGAAAUGAAGAGGCUGCUGCGACACAAGCAGCACGGAACAAGCGAGCAGAAGAGGCACGCUAACAAUCACUUGGAAAGGAAAAAGCGCGGUAUAGGGGAUAUGUUUAUAGCACCGGGCACCAAGUGGUGUGGUCACAAACGUCUAGCAAAUGACUACGUGGAUCUCGGAGGAUUGUCCAACUUGGACCGUUGCUGCCGACGUCACGACAUGUGUCCACAUUCAAUUUCCGGGUUCUCCACUAAGUACCAUCUCUUCAACUACCGCCCUUUCUCAGUCAGCCACUGUCACUGUGACAGAAGAUUUCGGACGUGUUUGAAAAUGGCAGGCACGGGUCCAGCCAAUCUGAUAGGGAAGCUUUUCUUCAACAUUGUUCAGACAAAAUGUUUUGUGCUAAAACCACAGAGAUCAUGUGUGAAGAGAUCAUGGUGGGGAAAGUGCUUGAAGCAGAAGUACAGAAAACAAGCCCAUCUCAGAGACAACAUUCCCUACUGAGGCGCGGCACUUGUACGGCAUGCAUUUCUCCUCAUCAAAUUUCACUGACGAAAGUGAAGUUCAGUCCGUAGUGACGCCGGCCAUUCAGCGCCGACAAGCUACCAGAAGAAGUCAUCGUCAUCAAGUCAUUGUUAUCAUGAUGAAAACUAUCGUAAUUUAAAUGUACCACGCCUGAAGUCUGAAACUUCUUAAGAGAGUUAAUGCUCAUUGUGGUACCUUCAGUGUAGGAUACACCUCUCAAAAGAGGAUAUAGAAACUGUACAAGUCUGUAUGUUUCUACAUAUUCUGUGUAGACUCUUAUGUGUCUCUACAAGCAAAUGAUAUUAUUAAUUUAAGAUUCCGAAAGUAACUGUCAAGAUUUCAUAGUUUUAGCUUUAAAAAAUAACCGGUUAUAACAGGAAAAUUAAUUUCACGAAAUUAAAGUUAUUAUCUACUUAAUCAUCAGCUCCGAGGACGUUAACAACUCGUUUGCAUCUAAUGUCAAAUUAAUUUUCUGAAGUAAGAUUUGAGUAAUGUUAUAUUUUAGCGUCCUGUUGCACUGA